UAUACACGGAAAAUUUUAUCAUGAAUAGUAUUCGAAUUUGGUAUCUCAGCUUAUCCAUGCACUCAAAUACAUUUUGUCUAACAUAUAUAAAUAUACACACACACUCAAACACCUCCCUACACUAUCUUCAACUUGGCUUUUGAAGCCUUCUUCAGCACUUAUUAAUUUCCUUCAUUUAUUGAAAAAAUUAUGAGUUAUAUAGAGGGAAACGAGAUGAGCCACAAGUCAGCUGGGCCGUGGGGAGGAGAGUGUGGGACCCGGUGGGACGACGGCGUUCACUGCUCCAUAAGGCAAAUGAUAAUCAGCCAUGGAGCUGUAAUAGAUUCAAUCCAGAUCGAGUACGAUACGAGGGGUUGCUCCCUUUGGUCGGAGAAACACGGCGGGAGUGGCGGAAUCAAGACUGAUAAGGUGAAGCUUGACUACCCAGAUGAGUACCUUAUCUCUGUCAGCGGUUACUUUGGUAGUAUCAACGACUGUGGGCCUAUCAUGGUCCGAUCCCUUGCCUUUGACACAAACAAGAGAAGAUUUGGGCCUUAUGGCUUUCAGAAAGGGACCCACUUCUCCUUUUCCUUGACUGGUGCCAAGAUCGUGGGCUUUCAUGGACGAACUACUGGGCUUCAUUUGGAUGCUAUCGGUGUCCAUGCCAAGCCUUUUGUGAAUAUCAAAACGGUCCACACUCUGGCCCAGAACCGAAUAGGACUUGGAGUUGUUGGUGGUGGUGGUGGUGGUGCUGUUGUUGGAGGAAACAAUAAGGCCAUUGAUAUCAUGGUUGCCGUCAGAGAAAAAAUGGAUAAUAUGUAUAUAUCCGAUGGAGGUUUCAUUGGAAAGAACGAACAGGCAUUUACAAGUACAGGUCAUCAUGAGACAGUGAAAGGUAGCGGCGGCGGGUACCACCAGAGACAAGUUGGAAGAGAUCAGAAAGAAAACUAUAUGAUUAUGCAGCCUAAUAAUCAUACUACUUAUAGUAAUGAAGAAACUGAUCAGUAUUCCAAUUAUUCCAAUGACCACAGGGGGUUUUAUGGACAUAAUGAAUCAUCACCUGUUAAAGGGUACCCUGCACCUGCACAUAUGGGAAGACCUACAAAAGAAUUCGACCAUUACAACAUGGAUGCAAAACAUGACCGUCACCAUUACAGCGAAUAUGAAACAAAGGAAAAGGUGUAUGGAGCAACAGGACGCCCAAGUCCAAAGUACAAUAUUAUUGAUCAUGAUGAUCAAGGUUAUGCUCUUUCACCUGAACGUGGCAUGUAUAGAGAGUAUGAAACAAAAGAGAAGACUAAGUUGUAUAGUGGUGGUGGAGGCGGAACAGAGAAGAAUUAUGGAAACAUGAUGCGAACAGAGGGAAAUAAUAUGUUCGGGCAAAACAGAGACUUUAGCGAUUAUGAAAUUAGUAAUAAAGAGAAGUUGUACCAGUCUAGUGGCCACAUUCAGAGUCGGCCACCACAGGGUGGAAAACAAGCUGUGUCGUAUGGACCUUGGGGUGGUACUGGGGGGAUGUUAUUUGACGAUGGAGUGUAUACAGGAGUUCGAGAAAUCCAUAUAGCACGCUCUGGUGGUGUAGUUUCCAUUAAAGUUUGCUACGACAUGAAUGGCAGGGCCGUUUGGGGAAACAAGAAUGGUGGAAAUGGAGGGUUCAGGUUGGACAAGAUAACUUUCGAUUACCCACAUGAGUACUUGACUCAUAUAAGUGGAUAUUACGGGUCAAUGAUCUUAAGAGGACCAACAGUGAUUAAAUCCCUGACUUUUUUCACCAACAAGAAGAAGUACGGUCCCUUUGGGGAUGAACAAGGAAUACCCUUUUCCUCUGGCCAGAAAGAUGGCAUUGUCGUUGGAUUUCAUGGUAAAAAGGGUUGGUUUGUGGAUAGCAUAGGAGUCCAUGUUCUUAAUGUCGUAGAGGGGAAGUAUUCACAACCUAGGCCUACUUACGACAUGAAUUCCACAUUGACCAACAUCAGAUAUGGUCAUGACCAGGUUGUUUCAUCGCCGGUGAAAGGACCAAUUCCGUUAGGUCAAGGGCUGCUGCCAGCCAUGAUGGUGAAAGAGCCGACGGGUGGAUGUGGUUCAGGACCUUGGGGUGGGGAUGGUGGUAAGACAUGGGACGAUGGAGUCUUCACAGGGAUUAGAAAGAUUUUCUUGACAAAAGGAGAAGCCAUUCUCUCUAUUCAAAUAGAGUAUGAUCGCAAUGGUCAAUCCAUGUGGUCUGUUAAGCAUGGAACCAACAACGAUGGUAGCUGUCAUGUGAUCCAAUUUGAGUAUCCACAUGAAGUGUUGAGUGGCAUAAGUGGAUAUUAUGGAGCGGUUAUGGGAGACGCAUGCAAGAUUGUAGUGAAGUCCUUGACUUUCUACACCAAUAGAGGAAGGUACGGACCAUUUGGGGAGGAGAUGGGAACAUAUUUCACUUCUCCAAGAAACGAAGGCAAGAUAGUUGGGUUCCAUGGAAAGAGUGGGGACCAUCUUUAUGCCAUUGGAGCUCAUAUGCAGCCCUGGUGCCAGGAUCGGUCUGCCGAUCACCAAGGACCCAUCAAAAUGAUUCUCAACAAAAUCUUCGCUUAGGAAUAAUGGAUCCUACCCUAUCUUAUAUAUUGUUAAUUUCGAAAACUGUAUUGUAUGGUAUUUGCAAACAAGUCAUGACUUCCAGUACUACGUACAAUAAUGUACUCUUACCCUGGAGGAAAAUGAGUAAAAUAAGGAAAGAAUCAUCUCUAUAUAUAAUGUAAUGAAGCAGUAUAUAUAUAUAUGGUUUAUAUGGGUA